UGUGUGUGUGUGUGUGUGUGUGUGUGUGUGUGUGUGUGUGUGUGUGUGUGUGUCUGUGUUUUCAGAAUAAAAAUUCUUGAUCUGUUCCCCAAAUGAGGAAAUCUCUUUUCAUCGCAGCUCCAAAUCUCCGCCGGUGAGACUGAGAACUCGUCUGCGUUUUGGACCAUGGGAGGUUAUUAUUGGCUGGCGGUUCUGGUGGGCGUGUCCCUGCUUCUGACCACGGGCCAAUGUGAUGUGAGCUGCAGCGGAUUGGACGGCCGGCCGGGAGAGAACGGAGCUCCAGGCAGAGAUGGCUAUCCUGGAGCAAAGGGAGAGAAAGGAGAGCCAGCUGUGAUGGUUGAAGGCCCGGUGGAUGCAGGCGUCCUGCUGAGGCUGAAGGGGGAGACGGGGAGUCGCGGCUCGCAAGGAGUCAUGGGUCCCAAAGGUUACCGAGGAGCUCUGGGAGCAGCGGGCUACCCUGGAACGGCUGGUCGCCCCGGCCCCGAUGGGAAGAGCAUCGGCCACGGAGGACAGCCCUCUGCUCAGCAGGCCCGAUCGGCCUUCUCAGUGAUAAGGACUGACAACAGUUACCCCCCCGUUGGCCAGGUGGUGACCUUCCAGAGUACUGUGGUCAACACACCUGAGGACUUCAGCGCAGCCACAGGUCGCUUCAUCUGCAGAGUACCCGGGGUGUAUUACUUCACCUUCCACUCUGUCGCCAAGGUCAGCAUGUGUCUCUACAUAGCCAGCGACGCUCUGGAAGAUAAGUUGGGAUUCUGUGACUACAACAGGAACAGCGAUCAGGUGCUGUCGGGCGGCGUGGUCUUACAGCUGACAGCCAGGCAGAAGGUUUGGCUCGAGUCCUUUAGGGACCAGCAGAAAACGUCUGAACUAGGAGACAGCCAAGAGAAGCAGAUCAUCUUCAGCGGCUUCCUGCUCUUCGCAAACACAGCAUGAAGUUCAAUCAGUCAUUUUACUGCAAUAUAGAUUCUGGAAAUUAUGAAAUUAACAUCUAAAAGUUCCAUUUUUUUUUUUUUUUAGAGGGCAAAUUCACCAAAACAAAGUAUCACAGUACAGUUAUAUAUUUGAACCUUUGAUUUUGUUAGUACAUGCUAUUAAAACACAAUUAAAGU